UCACAUCUCGCGGACGCCGCAGGUGCUGUGGGACAGUGCCCCGCGGCCCGCUCCGCGCUCAGGCGGCGUCCGGAGCCAUGGGGCCGAGCCGCGUGCGGGCCGUGUUCCUUGACCUGGACAACACGCUCAUCGACACGGCCGCGGCGGGCAGGACGGGCAUGUUGGAGGUGAUCAAGCUGCUACAGUCUAAAUGCCAUUACAGAGAUGAGGCUGAGAUCAUCUGUCACAAAGUUGAAAUUAAACUCAGAAAGGAACAUUUUCCUUCUCCCCAUACAUGCAUUACUGAGCUCAGGACUUCUCACUGGGAAGAAGCCAUCCAGGAAACAGUGGGUGGGGCAGCCAACAGGAAGUUGGCUGAGGAAUGUUAUUCCCUGUGGAAAUCUACUCGUUUACAGCAUAUGACACUAGCAGAAGACGUCAAAGCCAUGCUCACUGAACUUCGAAAGGAGGUCCACCUGCUCUUACUAACAAAUGGAGACAGACAAACCCAGAGGGAGAAGAUUGAGGCUUGUGCCUGCCAGCCCUAUUUUGAUGCCGUUGUUGUAGGGGGAGAGCAGAAGGCAGAGAAACCGGACCCUUCCAUAUUUUAUUACUGCUGUGAUCUCCUCGGAGUACAGCCUGGAGACUGUGUGAUGGUUGGUGAUACGCUGGAAACCGAUAUACAAGGAGGCCUCAGUGCAGGGCUGAAAGCUACAGUCUGGAUAAACAGAGAUGGGAGAGUGCCACGGAGCUCAUCCCCUGUGCCACAUUAUACAGUUUCUUCUGUGCUAGAGUUACCUUCUCUCCUACAAAGGAUAGACCACAAAGUCGAUAGUUCAGCUUAAAGCUGCCUGACCUUCCUUCAGGGACCCCAGUUUUCCUAUAGUGUAUAAAUGACAAAUAGGUUCCUCCUUUUUAAAUAUGCUGUUGAAGUCAGCAUGUGAUGCUCCUUUCCCAAGACAUUUCCCAGCUUGUAGUCACAGCUAACUCAGCACAUAUGGAAAAUACAUUCAUCUCUGGAUGUUUUUGCUUCAUUACUCUUUGAUAAGCCUUAGUCAUCCACAUGUGCCUGUUUUAACUCAGUCUGAAAAUAUCCGACCCUUUCAGUACAUUCCACUUUCUUUUUCUUUUAAUAAGAAUCUAUUAUUUUGGAAUAAUUUCGGGUUUAUACUAUAGUUGCAAAGAUAGUACAGAGAGUUCUAUAUACCUGUCACCAGUUUUCCUUAAUGUUAAGAUCUCACCUAACCAUGGUACAAUGACCAGAAUCAAGAAAUUAACUACUAGUGAUAUGACUGUUAGCUAAACUUCAGGCUUCGUUUGGAUUUUGUCAGUGUUUCCACUAAUAAUAUUUUUCUCUUCCAAGAUUCCAUCUGGAUCCCAAUUAGCACUUAGCCAUCAUGUCUCUUGUGUCUCUUUUGGUCUGUGAAAGUUUCUCAGAUAUUCCUUCUUUUCUUGACCUUGAUCCCAUACAGAGCCCUGGUCAGACAUUUCACAGACUGUCCCUCGAUUAGUUUGAUGUAACUGACAUCCCCUGAAUGUUAUUGGUGAUGUUACUCUUGAUCGUUUGGGUGACUGGUGAAGUUAAACUUGACCGUUUGGUUCAGGUGGUCUCUGCCAGGUUUCACCACUGCACAAUUUCAAUUUUAUCUUUCCAUAGUCUGUUCUUUCUAAAGAAGUUUCUAAGUCCCAGCUGCACUCAAGCAAGGCAAGAUUAAAUUCUAUCUUCUGGAAAGUAUAUGUCUGUAUUACCUAGAAUUCCUUGUAAGGAAGAUUAUGCCCAUGUAUUUACUUAAUUGUCUUUUAUUUGUAAUACUGUGGACUUGUGUAUAUUCAUUUUCUGAUCUCAGUUCUCACCCAGUGCUAUGUUAUUUAUUUCAUUGCUCAAACAUUCCCAGCUUUGGCCACUGGGAGCUCUUCCACACCGGCUUCUGCAUCCCCUGGACGUGCCCUCAUCCUUUUGCUCUGGAGCACUUUCUCCUUAGCUUCUGGCACCAAAGGUGUUCUAGGCCCAGGUUAUGCUUUCCCUUCCCCAGCCCUAGGAUCGGUCAUUUUUAAGGAGACCUAGUUCCUUUCAUUGGAGUAUGGCACUUAGGAGCCAAGGUCCGGGUGAGAGUGUGCUCAUUGCCACUGGGGUUGUCACUGAGCACACAGCGUCAGGAAAUACGUGCAUGUUAACCCACGGAUACACACAUAGUUACAAAUUAUUGUAGGAAAGGCAUCCCCCGAGCCCCCAGUUUCCUUACUGUUCUAUGAGGACAGCUGUCUGUUGCUUAACCCCAAAUAUGUUUGGCUUUGUAAGGAGCCAGAUAUAUCUUGGCUUGAGAAGCCUAAAAGCAGCGUGUUGUACCCAUGAGAAAGGAAGUGGAUAAGGGCCUUGAAGGCCAAGCACCUGGCCAUGAAGGCCACACCUUGCGCAUCUUCAAUACUUCUAUAACCAUGAAUUAGCACUGUAGCAGUUUGAGAGGUACAGCUUUGUGCAGAAUAAAGUGACCUCUUUUGACAACUCCCACUGCCUUUGCUUUGUGUUGUCCCCAGGACCCUGGCACUUGGCAUUGUGAGGAUGAGGUAGGUGGUCAUGAGAACAAUGGUUCUUGAGCUUCCCUGGACAUGAUCAGGUGGAGGAGAUGUGGCCCCCCCAGCCUAUAUUUGGUACCUGGUGGCAACAUGCUUGACUGCUUAGGCAGCACCGGAGGAUUGGGAGUCCAUACACAGGACCUCAGAGGCUAUACAGAUGGCACUGGAAAUGCUAGGGACUCCAGUCCCUCUGGCCCACCAGGAAUUGGCUGGGCAAGUGGUGUGGAUGUUCCUGAUGGUCACCUGCCAUGCCGCUCGCAAAACUGCGGAGUUGCAGUAGUGAGUGCAGUCUCCACUAGGAGGAGGACUUAUGGCAACGGGUGGCUGAAAGCCCCUAGUGCUGUGCAGCAACACGUGGAGAUGCAGGACCCUGUAGCCGCAGGGUGGCAGCUGGGUGGCCCCCUGAUAGCUACGCGACAAGCGGCGUGCAGGGCCAUGGAAUUGCAGAAUUUGGCCAAGCAGUGUAAGCAACAUUUGGGUGAAUCUGUGCCUGCCUGGCUGUUGUGACUGUGAGAUGAGGGCGCUGAGGACACAAAGCAGUGUUGAUGUUAGCUCGCUUGGGAGAUGGAUGAGUAGCGCGACUUCAAGAGACCGAAGUAAGAACUACUGCGGUGAAGCGCGGCAAGGAAAAAGUAGCCAUGGUGAAAACAGCGCCAGAGGUAGGCCACAGUAGGACUGCUGAAAGUGAGUCGCUGCCAGGCAUGGACUCACUUUUUAGCUGCUAGUUUGACUCACGAAAAGCUUAAUGGACAGCCUUUAGGGGUGUUGUUGGGACUGUGGAAGCAGUUACGUCCAGACCACCGCUGUCGCCCACUGCCCCCAAAGCGAGUGCAGGCGAGUGCUAUGGCGGACCAGGAACUCGUCCCUUGUGCACUGACUUCCUCCCUGACCUAGGGGUGGGGCAGAGGUACCUGGCAUAUUGAGACAUUGGACACCGGAGGCCAUUUGUUAAACUCACCAUUCACUGGUCCCCAGAGAAUGUACAGUGGAUGUUGGUGCUGGUGGAUACAGAUGGUUGUUGGAAGAAGCAUACAUCACCCACCCAGCACACAGCCCUUUUAGUUCACCUGUGGCACCUGGAGAAUGACAGUGGACUAUCAGGAACUAAACAAAGUGACUCCCCUGCUGCAUGCUGCAGUACCGAACAUCACUGACCUGAUGGAUGAACUGACCGUGACUUUGGGGACUUAACACUUUGUGUUAGAUUUAGCUAAUACCUUCUUUUCCACUGACAUUGUCCCGGAAAGCCAGGGUCAGUUUGCCGUCACGUGGGAAGGCCGGCAGUGGACAGUCACUGUCCUCCCACAAGGACACAUGCUCAGCCCUACUUUGUGUCACGGCUUGGUGGCUAGUGGCCUGACCACCUGGUCCCCUCCACCCUCGUUUCAAGUGUUCCAUUAUAUAGAUGAUAUAGUGUUGACCUCUGACUCUCUUCCAGAUCUGGAAGCUGUCGCUCACAGAUAGGCUGCAGUGAAGACAAGGUGCAGGGACCUGGUUAUUCUGUCGAGUCCUUGGGUGUUGUCUGUCAGGUAAGACAAAGGUGUUACCCGAAGCAGUGGCUCAGGCCCAGACACUGCAAGUCACUGACGCCUCCAUACCGUUCCUGCUGACAGUGUCUUCCAGCACGGAUGGGUAUGGGUGGGGAUUAUGGCAGAAGCAUGGGGCCCACAAAGUCCCAGUAGGAUUUUGGUCUCAGUUGUAAAAGGGAGCUGAGACUUGCUAUUCACUGUUGGAAGGACAGCUGGCAGCAGUGUAUGCUGCCUUCCUGGUUACUGAAGGAAUCGGAAGUGCAAGCAGUACAGGUGGUUACUGCCCUACCGAAUGAGGGGUGAGUGCGAGCCUGGGCCACAGCUCCCUGGACUGGGGCUGCCUAGACACCCACCCUGACCAAGUGGGGAGCCUAUUUAGAACAACAGGCUAGAUUGUCCAAAAAUCCUCUCACAGGAAUUGCAGCAAGUCCUGGGACUGUUAACCUUUGUGGUUGAACCCGCACCCACCUUACUGGGCAUGGAAGCGCCAAUGGUAAGCCCCUAUGAGGAGGGGACAGGGAUGCCACCAGUGGAGGCCUGGUACACAGAUGGAUCCACAAAGGGCCACCCACCAACAUGGGUGCCCGUCGCCAUUCAGCCCUUACAGGAAGAGUCCUGGUAUGAGCCUGGAGUAGGGCAAUCCAGUCAGUGGGAUGAACUAUAGGUGGUGUGGCUUGUUUGACUAGGGGAUCAGGUCAGAUAACCAUAUGUACUGGUAGUUGGGCCAUGUUUCGGGGCUUUACUGGUUGCCUUAGUGGGCAGAGCAGGCCUGGGCAAUUGGCCAUCACCCACUGUGGGGACAAACAAUGUGGAAGAACCUGUGGACCCGUGGGUUAAAGGAAGGGGCCCUGAUAUAUCAUGUGUCAGGAUAUCACCCAGAACUAAGCCCUGGGAAUGAUGUGGCUGAUGCCUUGGCCAGGGCUCGUACACUCCAGGAACUGCCCCUUAUGGAAAUGGGGCAAUGGCUGCAUAAGAAACUAGGGUGUGUAGGCCCAAGAACCAUGUGUAAAGUUGCCCAGAGGUGGCACAUUCCGCUGAUGUUUGCUAGCGCAAAACAAGUAGUGCUAGCAUGUGUUCACUGUGCUCACUUUUACCGGCAUCGUCAUCGGCUGCCCAUGUUUCAGAGGGAUUGAAACAGUUAAGAUGGAUGCAGUGGGUGAAGCACUUGCCUGUAGCAGUACGCUUGCUGAAUGAGCAGCCAAGGAGAACGGGGGAAAGCCCCAUAGGGAGGUUGGUGGUGGCUCGCCCAUAUGUCUUGAAAUGUUUGAAACAAGACACCAAUGGGUUGGAGCCACAGUUGCUGGAAGAAAUAUUGCUCCUUCCUGCCCCACGUACACUGUUCUGGCCAUACAGAGGAGUGGACAUGGCCGCAGACCUUCAUGUUUGAAGAACAUCCAUGGAUUGCCUUGUAUGAGAUAUGGAGAGGGGCUGACCCAUGGGUUACAAGUGGAUAGGAAAAGCUGACUGCUUCCUUUCUGGAGAGGGCAGUAUCCAUACUGGCAGGGACUUUGGUCGUGCAAGUGAGGCCAGUACCGCGAUUUCUGUUGAAGGCUGAGCCUGAUGCUCUGUCAGUGUCUUCAGAUGCCCUGGUCUGGUAUCACAGACCAGGGAAACCACCCCAGCAGCCACUGUUUUGUCACAAGAUGACAAGGUCACUUGUAUCCUCCCAGAGAACUGGGUCUUGCCAUUGAUGGUGUCUGUCUGCCCUGUCUUUCCACCCAGGUUGACAGAGAGCAAUAGUAUGGUGGCAUGGGCCCAUACUUUUGCCUAGGUACAUAAUGUCUCCCACUGCUGGGCAUAUAUAGAACUGCCAGACUGCUGUGGAAAAUCGCUCCCACCAACCUGUCUGCGUGGGGACGCCUUCGAGCAUGGGAUUGUAGUGAUGCCAAAGGUGAAGCAAAAUGCACGCAACCAAGCAGUUGAUCCAACAAUCAGCACACGCUCCGCCUGGGGAGGCUACCGUGUAUAGUGGGUGGCAAUGAAUGUCUAGUAUACAUGUAGCCUUGCAAACUAUAGCUCCACUGUGCAUUGAACAGCAGGUUUCCAUACCCAAUCGCAUGGUUGGCUGGUUACCCAGAGACCUGUGUGCCAACGUCAGUGUUAAUCGCACCCUGUCGGCCUCCUCCCUGUCUCUGACCCACAGAUUAAGGAGGCGACACAAUGAGAUAUAGAAGACCUGAACGGACCAGCCAGGGAACUCAAGGCGUAACAGCUCAAGAGUAAUGCUGAGAAGGCACUCCUCAUAUUUAUUGAGUAAAUGAAUAUCUGAAGAAUUCUGAGUAGGGGGUUCAGCACAUGAUCAUCAUCUAUCUUUGAGCCCCGCCCAAGGGCGGGACACUCCUCAAGGACACCGAAACCAUGUGAGGGCGGUCACGAGCUGUAGGAACUUCUUAUGGCUUUAAUCACCCUGUCCUUGACCAAACAUCAGAGGUAGUAGGAGAGACAGUCAAGUCCCAAAUCUUCAUAUAUCUGAUUUCUAUAUUACUUGAUUUAUAUAUUAAGCCCAUUAAUCCCACAGCACCCCUAAGUGUGUACGCACGGUGUCAACUGUACCCCUGCUGGGAGAAAACAUUUGGAUAUGUGGGGAAUAUGGCUGGUCCUAUCUCCCUGCAAAUUGGACAGGCCAUUGUACGUGGGGCCGCCCAUACAUAUCAGGACACAUACUGCAAACCUUGCUGUGGCCCACACAUAAUUGGGAUGCUGUAUAUUCCUGUUGGCAUCACCCAAAUGGACAGCAUGGCGGUUUUACCCCGUGGCUAUCUUCCUUCCAGGAGUCGGCAUUAUAGAUGUAGAAUUACAAAUAGAAGCCCUCGUACAGCAUGUUGCUCGUGCCUUGAAUGUACCAAGGUCCUCACCAGCCCUAUUGCAAGAUGAAGUCACCCAGAUGCAGAAGGUGACUUUACAAAACAGAAUGGCUCUGGAUAUACUCACCGCCGCACAAGGGGGCACCUGUGCUUUACUACACGCUGACUGCUGUGUUUAUAUCCCAGACCACCGGCAGCAAAUACAAGCUGCACUCCAGGAAGUGGGUGAUGAAGUGUCUCAGACACAAGCCUUAUCCCAAGACCCCCUGUCUACUUGGUGGUCACAGCUUGAUUCCACCUGGGGAUGGUUCCAAGCCAUAGUGGCCACCAGGGCAUAUGGCCUCCUUGUCUGUUACUGUUCUUGAUAUUGUUUCUGUGGGCCCUGGGCACAGGGCUCUGCUUUGUGUGCAAGAAAAAAGCAGAUGGCUGCUGUCCUAUAGAAAUGGGUUGGGUGUAGAGAAGGUUCCCCCCUUUCCCCUACUGUUCUAUGAGGACAGCUGCCCGCUGCUUCACCCCAGAUAUGUCUGGCCUUGAGAAAUCUAAAAA